AUGGCUUGCUGGUCUGCAGAAAAUGCCACAAAGGCCUAUCUCAACACGUUGAAAAUGGGUCAAAAGGCCAAAGAGCCAGCUGUUGCAGAGUUCAUAUCAGCACUAGCUGCAGGCAACAAUGCACAACUGAUGGUUGUGGCAUGUGCUGGUGCCGCAGACUCCACCACACUAGCAUUAGUCACUGCUGCACAUCAAACUGGUGGCCAUGUUGUAUGCAUUGUCUCAAGCCAUGAUGAAUUAAAUGCCUCCAAAGAGGUUCUUGGAGUGAAUGCUAGUCAAGUCCAGUUUGUGGUUGGAGAGGCUCAACAAGAACUACUGUUGUUAAGCCAAGCAGAUUUUGUGCUCAUUGAUUGCAACCUUGUGAGCCAUGGAGAGAUUGUUAAAGCAAUCCAAGAUGGUGGCAUGCAAAAUGGUACAGUGGUUGUUGGCUGCAAUGCACUUAGCUGUAGAGGGUCUUGGUGGUCUUGUGGAUCAAAAACUCAGUUGUUGCCAAUAGGAAAAGGGCUUCUGGUGACAAGAUUUGGAGCAAGUGCUUCAAGUCCAAAACAUGGAUCUGCAGUGAGUAAGACCAAAAGUAGUCGUUGGAUUGUUAAGAUAGAUAAAUGCACUGGUGAAGAACAUGUGUACAAGAUCAGAGUUCCACAAGGAAAAGUGAUUCAAGCUUAA